UGUGGCCAUACUUUUAAAGUACUCACUCACUAUCUAAAGGUCUGGUUCCACUUUGAUAAGAUAGGUCAGUGUCGGGACAAACACACGUCACACACCUGUACAUUGUGCCGCCAUGAAGUGUCUCGUUCUCCUCGGGCUCGUGCUUAUAAUAGCAGAGUUCACUGCUCUUGCCUGUGACUGUUCAGGAUGCCCAACAGGGGGCGUGUGUGUAGGCCCCAGCGGAAUGUCGCAGAAGUUCUGUGUCUGCGUGGACGAUAAGAUCCUUGGAGUAAGAUCUAUCGCAAAGCACCUUUCAAAGUAUCUAGCUGGCAAAAAGGGCCACGGGUCCAAGCCCCAUCUCCGGCAGCCACUCCGAGUCAACAGGAAGAAGGUCAAGCCCACAAAUCUCCACAGGAAGAAGGCCAAGGUCGCCAGGCUCCACAGGAAGAAGGGAGCCAAGAGAGUUUAGACCACGUGACAUGGGCUAUCUCCAGUAAACUUCAGCAUCGUU